UCAUGCCAUGUGCCAAAGUCCAGAGUCUCUCACAUGGGUCCCAUGUACGGCCUCCCAUUGCUGCUGUCUCCAUCGCCACACUUUUGCUGCCAUGUGCCACUUUCAGGUCUCUUCACACUGCUGGUGUGUUAAAUUUUUUGACAUAGGGUGCAGGCAGAUUACGGGCCUCACAUAGCUGCUGCCAGGCCCCUAAUCUGCCAUGGGCCCCUAUAUACCCUAGCCUCCUCAUGCUGCUGCCAAGUCUAGAGUCUGUCAUGGGUCCCUGUACGGCCUCCCAUUGCUGCUGUCUCCAUCGCCACACUCUGCCAUGUGCCACUUUCAGGUCUCUUCACACUGCUGGUGUGUUUAAUUUUUUGAC